GAUACACCGGGCAAUUUGCGGUGCUGCUGGGCCCCGGUACUGACUUCGCCGCGCCCCCACCUCUGUCGCUGAGCCUCGGACCCGGUGUCUGUCUACAGCAACCACACAUAACUGCCAGCUGAAGGAAGUGGCGAGGAUAAACUGACCGAUACUGUAGCCCCAAUAAACUGGAGUUACUAACUUAAACAGAUGGGUGGGGAAACAGCGCUGGAAGUAAAGUAAAACAGUCGCUUUCUAUUGGCUAGCGUUGAAUGCGGUGCUAUCACGCAACGGCUAGCAGAUGAAGUUAGCUAGCUGCUAGUGAUGGCUCUGGUUCUGAAAAUAUUCUGUUUGCCGUUAUGUUGUAGCUAGUUCUGUGUAGAUGAAUUAAAAAAUCACUUACUUCAAGUUAGGGCAGUGACCAUAAUGCUAGUUAUCCUGCUCAGGUAUCGUCAUUUAACGUAAAACAACUAACGUCAACUUAACUUGAGCCAACUAGCUAAUGGUAGCAUUAUAGUACCCCAUUCUUUUUUUAAAAUAUUUUGCAGCUUUGCUCAUUGUGUUGUGAAUCAAAAAACGAUAAUUUAAGCAGAGUCUGAGGCCAAGCCCGUAUAAAUUGUUGAGCCUGAUCCUCAAGUUAGGUCAUAUUUACCUGGUUUAACUAACUGUCAUACCUGACAACUGACAGGAAACGAAAAGUUCAGCUAGUCCAGAUAGCAUAUUCAAGAUAACACCAUUUUGCUAUUUAAACUCUAAACCAAGUGCAUAUGAAAUGAAUCUUUAUGGUGAUCCCAAAUAGCAUUUCUUUACCUCCAGUCAGAAACCUCUACGUGGAGAGGGUAGGUUUGUAAAUCGUUACUUGUAGCCCAGAGAAAAGUAUCACUCAACCCAAGCCCAUAGUUUAUCCACAAUUGAGCAUGGCUCCUAAAAAGAGACCAGUUCCCUUAAACAUUGCUCCUACUGGCGAUGGAUUAUCCACGUCCAUCAACACGGACGUUACAUCUGAGGCUAAUUUAGAGGCACUUAAGACAAUAUUGGAAGAGUUGGACCUGGAUGAACAGCAGAAGAAAAGAUUAGAAGCUUUCCUUACCCAGAAGGCCAAGAUAGGAGAGUUGAAAGAUGAUGACUUCCAUCGUAUCUGUGAGCUGGGUGCAGGCAAUGGAGGUGUGGUCAGCAAAGAGUGCCACAAACCAUCGGGAAUAAUCAUGGCCAGAAAGCUCAUUCAUCUAGAAAUUAAACCUGCUAUCAGAAACCAGAUCAUCCGAGAGCUUCAGGUGUUGCAUGAAUGUAACUCUCCCUACAUUGUGGGCUUCUAUGGAGCCUUUUACAGCGAUGGAGAGAUCAGCAUCUGCAUGGAACACAUGGAUGGUGGAUCUCUGGACCAGGUGCUGAAACAAGCAAGGAGGAUCCCUGAAGAGAUUCUGGGCAAAGUCAGCAUUGCUGUUUUGAGAGGUCUUGCCUACCUGAGAGAAAAACACCAAAUCAUGCAUAGAGAUGUCAAGCCUUCAAACAUACUGGUGAAUUCGCGUGGUGAGAUCAAGUUGUGUGACUUUGGUGUGAGCGGGCAGCUCAUAGACUCUAUGGCCAAUUCUUUUGUUGGUACAAGAUCCUACAUGUCGCCUGAGAGACUGCAGGGAACCCACUAUUCUGUGCAGUCAGAUGUGUGGAGUAUGGGCUUGUCCCUUGUGGAGCUGUCGAUUGGACGCUACCCCAUCCCUCCCCCAGAUGCUAAAGAACUGGAGGCCAUAUUUGGACGACCCAUCUUGGACGGUAGUGAGGGAGAGACACACAGCACUUCACCCAGACCCAGGCCACCGGGAAGACCUGUCAGCGGUCAUGGUGCUGUUAUGGCCAUCUUUGAACUCCUAGACUACAUAGUAAAUGAGCCCCCUCCCAAACUACCCCUUGGUUUAUUCACCUCUGAUUUCCAGGACUUUGUGACAAAGUGUCUAAUCAAAAAUCCAGCGGACAGGGCAGACUUGAAAAUGUUGAUGAACCAUACAUUUAUCAAGCGGUCUGAGGCGGAGGAGGUAGAUUUUGCUGGCUGGCUUUGUAAAACCAUGGGGAUGAACCAACCAAGCACUCCCACGCGCACUGCAGACUGAACACACAACCUACUUACACUCAUGCACACCGUAUGGAAAAACAUGGAGAAGCUGCUGAAUAAAACCAUACACCCACACAUAGACAUCUUUUUUGCGACAGGUGAACCCCUAAAGGCUCCAGCUAUCAAAUCAACUCUGCUGGAAUAUAAGCCAGUUGAUCACACGCCGGGAAAGAUACUCCAUCUACAAUUUGCACCUUUUGUGGAGUCAGUCCACGGAGAAACUGUUUCUUCUUAAAUCAAUUACAGCAUAAUUCCUCAGAAUUUUUGUUUUCAAUGGGAGUCAUUAGUAAUUUGUGUUAAGUUCAAUUCAGGAUUUUGGGCCAUUAAAUCUCUUUGGAGAUGAACAUGCCAUUAGUUUUUUGUUCUUCCCCACCUCAGUACCCUGCAGGCAUAAAGACGGUACAUACAGUAUCAUAACUGGAAGAUUUAUCUCUUAAAAGAAUAUAAAAACAAAUAUAAUAGCCACGCUUAAUUUUCUAAUAUGUCUCUUUUUCGGUUCAGCUUUUUUUGGUUUUCUUGUCUGAAUUUCUCCAAGGUGUUUUGAUGCUUACAGCACGAGUGUGUCAAUCCCAGUUAUUACAAUCAUGGUUAAGCAUCUGUACAUGUGUACAGGCAGAUACAUAUAUGAAUUUUUUUUUAUAUGUGAUAUGCAAACACAUUGAGAAAUGUAAGAAUUGGUUUAUUUUACUGAACAGGUCAGGUUAUGUGUGUCUGUGUUAGCAAGAGGUGAAUGAGUCUAGGAAUUUUUUUGCAUUCUUUGAUGUGACUGAUUUCUACAAAUUUUGAGAUGUCUUGAGGUGAAGCACAGUGUUUAAAACAUAUUAGCAUGACACUCAUGUCAAAGCCAAAAAUAAAGAAAGAUGCAAACUUAAAUGCACCUCUGCUCUGUCUGUAUCUUGGGGUUGUUUCUUAGUAACUCAAAAACAGCAUCAUAUCAGUAGCUUCAGGUGAACUAUGCUGGGGCAGAGGCUGAGAUUCAGCCCUGGACAGUACCUACUGUAACAAGACUGCUUUUAUCUCUUAAGCAAGCUGCACUCACUGAGCAGUCUCAGGACAUGGAUUUGGGAUUGAAGUGCAUCCCGUUUUGAGGCAGGAUUAGUGCAUUUCUCUCCUUUGUUCUUUUUGUGUACUUCCUCCUCUCAGUAAUGGCUUAAAAAUAUAGAUGUUUUGUAUGGUAAAAUAAUAAAAAACUUUGUCUCUAUAGAAUCAAAAUUGUCAAU